AUGUCACCAAGGGCUACCUCGAGAGCAGGCAGCUCGGCAAGGUCGACGCAAAACUCGCAGGCGCGCGCCGUCAAGCGCAACCGCCGAUCCGAAUCACCCAUCUGCCUUUCAUCUAUUGCUCGCAUCUCGCCCGAGGAGGCGAAGCGGGCUCGCCAACGAGUCUUUGACAAUCUCGGCUGCGGCGACCCCCAUCCAGGCAUGCCGAGGGCCAUCUCGAGUGCCGACCAACUGACUGAGGUACAGCUCGGGCGGCUUUUCGACAUGUUACAUGCUUGCGGCAGAGCGACGGACGAGCAAGCCACGUUGCUUACCACGCGGGCAAGCAUCGAUGGCUUUGUGGACGCCGUAUUCAACGACUGGAACAGCGGCAACGAAGAGGGCAUGGUGAAGCCCGAGCUGGAGUUUCUGGUCGAAGAAGAGGUUGUCGCGGGGACAAUAUGUGUGGUCUCUGCGCUCGCGUCGUACAGCUGCAACCCCGCGAUGCUCAAGAUGGAAUACACAGUCGUCGACCCCUUCUCUGGACAGUCCGAGGCCUUUUGCCCGCUCUGGAGGAACGAUAUUCACUGGGCGCAAACGGGGUGGAAGGACACCCUCCGCCAGGCCAUGGAGGGCAAACUUGUGUCCAAGAUACAUCGCUACAACAAGCACCUGGCCGUGUGGCAGGCACGGAAACUGAUCCAGAGCUGGAGCAAAGGAGGCAUCUCCUCCGGGCCGGACCCAGAUAGGCUGGGAUUCAUAGGACGCGAGGCUGCGAAAACGGUUCUGAUGGGCUUGUGA